AAUCAAUCAAUCAAUCAAUCAAUCCAAUUAUUAGAACAAUCCGAUCAAUCAUAAAACCAAUUGUAUUAUAUGUUACCUAUUGACAUUAUAGAGUCUGAGUAUAUACAUAGAUAGACAUCAUUUUUUAUUAUCCUUCCUAUAUCAAUCAAUCAAUCAUCAUGAGUUUCUUCGUGGUGCCCGCUGUAUCAUAUCAGACUCAGCAGAAAAUCAAUAAACAUAAUGAAGAAAAAGAAAAACGGAGAAAGAAGAAACUACAAAGUGAAAAGAGACAACAACAACAACUGAUCCAACAAUUACAACAUUCUCAAUCUCUUAAUCAACAAACAAGUGUCAUAUCAGAAGAAUUAGAACCUCAAUUAACAUCUCAACUGUAUCUGAAUUUACACUCUGCUUCACCAACUUCAUCUCCAUAUCCUCAUUCUACUCCAACCCCUCCUUCAAAUUCAAGAAAACAAAGUGAUCCUUCGGAUAAUGCAUCCGUCCUAUCAUCAAGUAAUUCAAUUACAAGUUCAUCUAUAAGUAAACCAAUUGAAGAAAAUACUCCUAAUAUUUUAAUAGAUGCUUAUGGUUUAAGUGGUCAUUCCAUUGAACAACCAGAACCAUCUUAUAUAGCUGAGAAAUUUACGGCAGCUUUGGCAGGAUCUACUCCAACUUCAUCAUCGACAAAUAUAAGUAAUUCAUCAUCUCCAAUAUUACCCAGAAGACAACUUGAUGAUCAAAAUAAAUCCCCUUCUUGGUCUGAUUUAACUGUCUUAAAUGAUAGAGCAAGAAAUAAUUCAACAUUUUCAAAUUCAAGUAAUGCAUCAGCUUCAACUAAUCCUAUUCCAGCAUCAAGUUCAUCUAAUUUAAACAGUAAUAUAAAAUAUAGAAGAAAUAGUUCAUUAUCAUCAGCUCAUUCAAGUCCAAGUAUGAUGAUCACUCCUACUAGUAAUAGUAAUACAACUCCAGCUUUAAGUUCAGCUCAUAAAGGUUCAACCAGUUCAAGAUUUUCUCGUAAAUUUUCCACCACAUUUGCUCCUACUAGUGAAUCAAAAUCUCGUUCUCAACUGAUUCAAAUAUCACCUACUCAACUGACAACUUCAUCAAUGCAUUCCAUUGAAAUCCCUCCUUAUAAACCUUUAAUUAAUUUAUCUCAAUUAAAUUCCAUUGAUGCUAUGAAACCUAUACUUUUCACACCUGCAUUUCAAAUCUUUAGAUAUAAUAAUUUUUUGGAAAUAGUUAGUGAUCAUCAUAGUCAUGAUGCGGUUAAUUUUGCCAGUAUUAGAAAUCAUUCUAUUUUAAAAUUUUUAAAUCGUCAUCGGAAUUCAAAAGAUUUAAUGAAAAAAUAUGAAACGGUUCAACAUUAUGAUAUACGAUUUUAUGAAAGUAUACUAGCAUAUGAAUUAAUUGGAGCCAGAAAAUUUAUUCGAGAAUUGAUUUUAGAUGAUCUGGAAUUAAUAAAUCAUCCUAUUCAAAAUCAUGAAGAAUUAAUUCAAGUUAAUUUUUCAAAUUAUGUUCGUUAUUUAUUAAAUUUACCUCCCCUUUAUAAUCGAAAUCAUUUAUCAGAAACUGAACAAACUCAUUAUCGAUAUAAAGAUUUAUUCAUUAAGAUUGCCGAUGCUUUAUUUGUUUUAAAACGUGAAGAAGCAGGUGAUAUAUCGAAUAAUGAACAAGAUUCUAUUACGACAAAAUUUGCCUUAUUAUUACAAUCCAUUACCAAAGUAUCAUAUGAAUUCAUUUUAUUAGAAAAAUAUCAUAUUAAUAUCAUUAGUAAAUUGAAUAAUAAUUUCAUUAUUGAAAGUCGAACUGUCAAUAAAUUAUUUGAAAAAUUCAAAUUUAAUAAUUUAAAUAAUAAUCAAGAAUCGGUAAAAGUAUUGGUAUAUAAUACAUAUUUCAGUUCUCAAUAUUCAUGGUAUUUAUCAUUAACUUUACCAUUUGUUAGAGUAUAUGAAUCGAAUUGUUAUGUUGAAAAUUCAAAAAUUAUCGGUGAUGCUGAAUUAUAUAAAGAAUUAGAACCAAAAACUAUAAAGAAAAAUUUUGAAGCAAGUGAUGAAGAAUUAUAUACUCAUUAUUUCCAAAAAUUAGGGUUUGAAACAUUUAAUGAUUUUAAAAACUUUACUCCCAAGAGAUUAAUUCGAUUAUUAAAAUCAAUUGAUAAUUCCUCACCUAAAUAUUCCAAAAUUAAACGUCAUGAAAUACCGGAUCCUUCAGCCGCUUAUAGUCAUAAACCCAUGAAUUUUGAAUAUUUCACAGAUAGUUUAUUAUCUAUCCCCAAUGAAAGUUUUGAAUUAAUUCAAAGUCGAGAUUUGGCCUUACAAUUGACUCCAACCAAUUAUAGAAAUACCAUCCGUGAAUUCUAUAGAAUUUUAAAAGUGGAUGGGAUUUUAGAAUGUCCAAUAUUACAAUUUGGAACUGAAUCGGUAAAACAAUUCAGUAAUCAACCUACAAUCUUAAAAAGAAGAUGGAAUUUCUUGGAUUUAGAUGUCCUGGAUUAUCUUGAAGUUAUUCCUAAUUUCCUUGAAGUUUUACUUUCAGAAUUAUAUUUGGUAUUUGGAAAGGGUAAUGUUAAAUUCACCGUUGUGGUUUUAAGUAAUAAAAAUGAUUUAAAUAAUUUCUUAUUAACUAGAGUAGGAUUACAAUUAUUUGAAAUGUUUGGUAAAGUGGAUGAAUAUUGUAUUAAAUUUAAAGAUCAUGAUGAUACCCCGCAAUCAUCAGUUCAUGAUAAUUUAUUCUAUUAUAUUCAUAUCAAAUGUGUGAAGAAAAAGUAAGUGACUUUAAUCAUGACUCUUCUUGCUGGUCAAGGGUCAAUACAUAGAUAUAUUCUCUUAAAAUAGAUAGUCAUUUAUUGAUUUAAAUAUACAAUUUAUAAUUGUUAUA